UAAUGCCCAACGCAAAUAUUUCAAAAAAUGAUCUCGAAAAUGUCUGUCAAGCAUUAGGGAUUGCUACAGAUGGCGUAAAGGCAGACUUAGUCCAAAGAAUAAGAUGUCUCAAGGGUAAGAACCGUGCGGAUAGCUGUGACACAGAAGGAAAUGGUAGAGAGGAAGACGAAGCUACGAACACUGUGGUUCAUGAUAAUUACUCCGAUACAUCUGAAAUAGGCGACCUGAAACAGCAAGCAAGAACUCUAAAGGAGUUAGCAUAUUGUCACGUAAAGGAAUAG